UUCCCUUCACGAUAACAUGGAUUGAACUUUUGGUUAUUCUUGUGGUUUAUUGGUCAUUUUUUUAGCCUAGCGCAUAGAAUUGUAAUUAAUUCAUAGCAAGGAAAAAAAGCAUUGUGAUUAAUUAGUCUAUGCGGGUUGUAGUGGAUUGUAGCCGUAUAUACAGAUUAGCAACAAUCUUUGAGUUGGUUAGCUGCUAGAUAGUUAAAAGAUUUAAAAGGGUGAUUGUUGAGUGUAGAGAUUCUAUAGUUUAAUCAAGUCUUGAAUCGGUUUGGAUCCUAUUAAGACAUGUCAGUCCUAAACAAAAUCUAUGCAUUUUGACUUUGUAAUAAUAUAGAGUCUGUAACAGUGGUCAAGAAUCUCCAAAUCAACUCAACAUUCCAGGAUCUAGCAAGUUACUAUCAGUCUUAUCUCCACGGAGUAGCAACACACAAAGAUUGAGGAUUGGGAUUAAGUACACCAUCAGGGUUAUUUGUUCUCUUUAAAAACGUUGGGGGUUUAAUUAAAGGAUUACAAAAUGCAAGCGGGUCAUUUAUCCUAUUUUAAAAACCUCAGGGCUUCAUUUGUAAUUAUUUGAAAAAUUGAAAUAAAACCGAUUCGCGAUCAUAACGAAAUUUAAAAUCCAGCUGAAGUGAAUGUUGAAGUCAUCAUCAUCGUCUCUCUUCGCGAACUCGAUUCUCCUUCACCGAUGGAAGUCAAUGUCAGAGCUAAUCAAGACUCACGCCCUUCUGAUCACACUCGGUCUCUCCGAGGAAGAACCUUUCGCCUCUCGAGCUCUCUCCUUCUCUGCUCUCUCUCCCUCAGGCGACGUCGAUUACGCUUACAGAUUCUUGACGAGAUUACCAAAUCCUCCGGCUUUCAGCUGGAACUUCGUGAUACGAGGCUUCUCCAAUAGCAAAACCCCCGAGAGAACGAUCCGUGCCUAUAUCCAAAUGUUGAGAAACGGAUUCUCACCAGAUCACAUGACUUAUCCGUUCCUCCUGAAAUCAAAUUCACGUCUUAUGAAUAGAAAACUUGGCGGGUCGUUGCAUUCGUCAGUCGUGAAAAAUGGGUUUGUGUGGGAUUUGUAUAUAUGCAACUCGCUUAUCCAUAUGUAUGGUUCGUUACGAGAUAGUGUUUCCGCUCGCAAGGUGUUCGAUGAAAUGCCUGAUAAGAAUUUGGUCACUUGGAAUUCUAUCUUGGAUGGGUACGCGAAGUGCGGGGAUGUUGUUUCCGCGAGACAGGUGUUUGAUGAAAUGACUGAGAGAGAUGUUGUGUCGUGGAGCUCUAUGGUGGAUGGGUACGUAAAGAGCGGAGAGUAUAGCGAAGCUCUUGAAGUAUUUGAUGAGAUGAUGAGAGUAAGUAACAUAAAGGCUAAUGAAGUUACUAUGGUUAGUGUGUUGUGCGCUUGUGCUCACUUGGGUGCGCUGAACAGAGGAAAGGCGGUGCAUCGGUAUAUAGUGGAUAAGCAUUUGCCUUUGACAGUUAUGUUGCAGACGUCUCUUAUCGAUAUGUAUGCUAAAUCCGGGUCGAUAGGAGACGCUUGGGGGGUGUUUUGUGGAGCAAACGUUAAGGAAACUGAUGUAUUGAUGUGGAAUGCUAUGAUUGGGGGGCUUGCGAGUCACGGUUUCAUAAGAGAGUCUCUCCAAUUGUUUCACAAAAUGCAAGAAUCCGAGUUUGAACCGGACGAGAUAACAUUCUUGUGCUUGCUUGCUGCUUGCUCCCACGGCGGGUUAGUGAAAGAAGCUUGGUAUUUGUUUAAGAGUCUCGAGAAAAGCGGAGCGGAACCAAAGAGCGAGCAUUACGCUUGUAUGGUCGACGUGCUUUCCCGUGCCGGUCUGGUUAAAGAUGCGUACGGUUUUAUAUCCGAAAUGCCGAUGGAACCUACCGGUUCGAUGUUGGGUGCUUUGCUUAACGGGUGUAUAAACCAUGGAGACUGGGAGCUUGCGGAGACAGUUGGGAAGAGGCUUGUGGCGCUGCAACCGGAUAAUGAUGGACGAUAUGUCGGACUAGCUAACGUUUAUGCGAUCAACAAGCGGUUUGACGCGGCUAGGUCUAUGAGAGCAGCAAUGGAGAAGAAAGGAGUGAAGAAAGUUGCAGGACACAGUAUAAUUGAAUUGAAUGGAAUGCGGCAUAGAUUCAUAGCUCAUGACAAAACGCAUUUAGACUUUGAGAAGAUCUACGCAGCGUUACAUCUGGUUAGUACUUGGAUGGAUCUCAAUGUCGAUAGUGAGAACUGUAAUUGUAUUUGUUUUUGAUCAUAAUACAGUAGGGCUUUCCUAGAUUUUUUUUACCUAAACUUUUGAUUUCUUGCGGUGGAAGUUAUCAUUAGACAAGCCCAAUAUAAAUAUCUUGUAAUGAAAUUUCAAAGCAAUUUCAAUUUAUUCAA